AUCUCAAUAUACGAUUUCAAAAAGUCAGUAAACAUCAACAAAAUAAUUUCUAAAUUAGAAUAGAAAAAAAUUCAGAUCCAAGUGGCAGGAAUUAUAUAUGCACCUUUAAUUUUAAACUAUGAGAAGAAGAGUUUAUGAAAAAGAAGUUUUCAUUUUUGUUUAUACAUAACCUUAUUGUAAAAACUGUCAUGACUGGCGAGUUGAAAAUUUAUUUUCCUAGUAAAUGCUUAUAUAUCUUUAAUAUGGAUCAAGCUGAAGCGAGAAGAGAAGCUAGAAUACGAAAAAUUUUGGAAAACUCUGAAAAGAGAUUACAGAAAAUUACAGGUGUUGAAAAUAAAAGUACUAAAACUUCAAUAAAAGGAACUAAUCGUUUUCAAAGUCAUACAGAAGAAAGUGGUUCCCUUGCUGACAAUUUUCCUUUAUCGGGUAAAAGUGAUAAAUAUAAUAAACCCAGUAACUUGGACCCAACAUGCAACAGUUCACUUUCAGAUGAAUAUACAUCAAAUACUCAGUUAAAUUCUUUAGAUGAAAAUCUAUUAUUAGAAUCUUCAAAAAACAAUUCCAAUAGAAAAGUAAUGAUUGUACUACCUUUUAUAUGGAGUAUUCUGAUAACAACUUGUAACAUUUUUCAGUUAAAUUUUAGUGAAGUUUAUACUAAUAAGAUUUUUCUACCUUUAAUAGCAUUUGAAAUUAAGGAUCUCUAUUUUUCUCCUAGCAUUUCAAAUACGAAAUCUAAAUUACUAUCAGUUAUGUCACUUUUAACUGGUAAAAUGUAUUCAAGAAAAAAAUUCCAUUUUAUACUCUAUAUAGUGAAAAUCCUUCAAGAUAUUAUGGUUUAUUUUUUCAUUUUUGUUUCUAGUCAGAUAUUUAUCAAAUCAAUUUUUAAGUUAGAAAUCCAAUUAUAACUUCAGAUUUAAAUAUUUUGUAUCAUUGAAUAAACUCAUCUGAAUUUA